UAGAUCGACCGGAGAGCUGAAAUGAGUUGACUUCGCAUAUACAUCGGUGAAGUAGUCGAGACUUGCAUCCUCCUCGAUCGCUUCAAUCUCAUGGAUGUUGCUCCUACAGCUAGUUGCAUUGAGUCACUGAGACUUAACAGGACUUCGGAGUGGUACAAUCUCUGAGAAAGCAAUGAGCAACGAAUACAGCGACUAAUAUUAGUGACAGACUCCAAGAACUUCCAUGGAAGGCCAACCCUCUUCCAACUCUAGCAGUCAACAAGCUACAGAUUCCAGGACAAUGCUGUCCCAAGUCACGCCCCUGGGGUCACACCCCUCACCUUUCCCUGCCUCAAGCACUGCUCCUUUUUUCUCCUCGAGGCGAGACCAUGAACCGGCAUUCGCUGUGGCCACGGCCAACUUUGACAAGCCCAACCUGAGGUCAUCGCAGCUCUUGCAAGGGUUGUCGCGAUUGGAAGGGGCGCAUGGUCACGUACCUGGAAUGGGAGCGUUCCAUCCCGUCCACCCCCAGUCAGGCCAGCGUAGCUCUGAAAUGAACGGCGGCAAUCACAUGACAUCGAUGGCUAAUGGCAGCCAUUCAUUUACAGACCAACACAGAAGCAUCGAGGAUACAUCGGAAGAUAAGCGUUUACCAAGACGAAAGCGUAAAGCCAGCAACCAUGAGUUUUCAGUCUGCACUAUCUGUGGGGUGACGGUGCGACCAGUAGAACUACCUGCCCACUAUGAGAUUGAAAUAGACAGACUUAACAAGAUAACGAGACCAGGGAAAAGCAGUCGAGAAUCUUCCAGCCACUCCAAAAAGGCCCUGCCGUCGACAUCCAGCGCCAAGAGAAAAAGAGAGAACGAAGAGGAAGGUCUUGUAAACAAGGACAGCCGACGAGAGGAAUAUAUGAGGGUGAAGCGUAACCGAUUGGAGAGAUUAAAUGCUCGCCUCGGUCGAUGUCGGAAGGGGCUCAAGAAGCCACUAGAGGAGACACCGAGCAGCGCAGCUCUGUGUCCUAUCUGCCACGAGGUGCUGACGGGCUCAGUGGAGGAAAGGAACACCCAUGCUGAAGCCUGCCUCAGAAAGGUUAACCCGAGUCAGGAGGAUGUAGAGGAAGAAGUGAACGUUGAUGGUGAGGAUGACGACUUUGAGGAGUACACCUGGUGCGGCCAGACCAGAGUCCGAGCGACGUCCAUGCUAGACUCCAGGUUCAGAGAGGCUGGCUUUGAAGUGGGUCGCAAGGAGGCAGAGUGCGACACGGAACUCAACGUGGAUGACGACGACACCGCAGAAUACGGCCCUGAACAGUUCACCGAGGUCGACAUCAUUCCUUGCCCGUCAGACGACUCGGCGGAAGACAAACAGCGCCAGGCUCUACGAGAUGCCGUCGUUGGCAGUGACGAGAGAGCCAGCCCGCCAGGUUCAGCUCCAGAUCCCUGGCUACCUUCAACAAGUCACGUGCCUAGCGACACCAAACCACACAGGACUGAGGGCAUUGCCUCAGCCAGGUCUGACACUGUCGUGGAGUGUCUGAAGGCCAGAAUACAAGAGUUACAGGAACAACUAGACUCUGCCGCAGCCGUCCGAAUCAAAUGCCUUAUAUGUAUGGAACCAUUUAGCGUUCCCCUGGUGUCCAUCCAGUGUUGGCACGUUCACUGUCAGCAGUGCUGGCUAAGGACAUUGGGAGCCAAGAAGCUGUGUCCACAGUGCAACAUGAUCACCUCCCCUGGACAGUUAAGGAGAAUUUACCUUUGAAAUGAAGACCUCCAUUCUGAUGUUACCAAGUUGAACUCAUAAAUUGGUCCAUCCCCUUCAGAAGCCCUUCAAAAUAGAAUUUUGAAGGUUCUAGUUUUUGGAGGAUUUUGCAGGAUCGAGGGAGGUAGAUCCCAGUCAUCGAUCCUCAACAUCGCACUCAGCGUCUUGAAAGUACACGUAAUCAGGAAACUAUCAUUGCAUUCUGCUCUGGAAUGCGUUUGGAGGAUUGAGCCCUGAAAGAAAUAUCACUAGUUAGGGUUAAAAGUUUAAAAACAGUCAGAAAUUUAAGUUGUUGGUUCCGAGACAUUUCAGUCUUUGCUCUGUCUGCUACGGCAUGAACAGCGACAAGAACAGAUUUGCUUUAAUGAAUGAUGUGUACUCUGUUAGGUAGCACCAUAUCAAGUAGACCACGCCAAAGAUGAGGAUUUGUAGGUUUCAUUUUGCCAGAAGUUUCCACUCAAACACAGCUUCAAUUCAGAUCAGAUUGAAACAAGUUGAUGAGUUAAUGCAAAAUGAAAAAAAAAGAACUUACUUCUACUUUCUCAGUGUUAUUCCUACAUUAUAUGAAAAAGAAAUUUGCCUGAAAAAAAGGAAAGAGCAGCUAAGAACAUUAGGAAUUAGAGUUAACGCUUCAGCAUACGUGUUUAGAUUUUUUUACCCCUAAGCAUUAACCCAUCUUUACUUAUAUACAUUUUCCAAAAUUUAUUUGAAAUAUGAAAUAUCGGUAAUAGAAUGGUCGUAGUAAAUAACUGCAAACACCUCUCAACCAUUUCAGAUUUUUGUAAAGAGAUUGUAAAUAUUUUGAGACCUGCAUAAUUUGUUCAAAUGAAAUAAACAUUUUCCAGAUGCACAGAGAUUGCAUCUUGAAAUUACUUUGUCGCAUUGUUUUUGCGUACAUAAACCUGGUAAGUUGAACUUGUGUAAACUGACAAAAAUUAUUUGCCACAAAGUGUACGAUCCCAACAGAUUCUAGUAUGUGAAGCCUUUGAAAAAUAACUCUGAACUCCAUUAUCAAUUCAGUCCUAAUUUUACAACCCAUAUUUAAUUUCAGAGUACUAUUCUGCCAUUCUAGGGGUAAAAAUCAGCCCAGUUUAUCUCCGAAUCACAACACAAAUCAGAUUGUGAGUGAAAGAUUUUGUAACAGAAGUUGUUGUUCAGCAACUCGAUGGCUGUUCUGCAUUUACCAUCUUUCCAUCACCUCUACCAACCAGCAGAAAGCAAGGCAAAUUGUGACACAACUUGAAUUCACUCAUGGUUUAAUAAUGGUCAUUAAUAUUUAACAAAAAUUACAUUUACAUGAUUCAAAACACCCUUUUUUUACAUGUCUGCGUAUGUGUGUUAUAUACAAUACAGUACAGAGCCAAUUAUUGUUUACAUAAUGCUUAUACCUAAUACACGGGUCUCAACACAAUGGCAAAAUUUUGCAACACAAUCUCGGACAAUGGUUCCUUGGACCAAACAAGUGGCAACAUUUCCUGUGGGUAAGAGCGUGCAUGAGGAUUAAAACUCCUCUUCGUAACCCUAACAGUCCUCAGUCCUCCAACAGGUGAAGGAUUGAGGACUGUUAGGGUUAAGGUUAUGCCCGCCUUUACAAAGAGGUGAAUUUUGUAGCCAAUCAUGCAGCUUUUAUAAAGAAACAGAACAAUGAUACUCUCAAACUUCAACCUUCCAAGUUACCCUGACAAUUACUUUUUUUAAUAUGUCUAACAGCAUCCAUUAUAGAAAAAAAGUAAACUUUCAAAAGCACAAACAAAACAAGUACAUGUACACACGAGAACAACCUAAUGUUACUGCAGAUAAACAAAAUUCUAAUAUGACUGAUCAUGUGCCAAUCACAUGACCUGCCACAUGACUUUGAUGGCAUGGACCUUGGUAUCAUGGCAAACAGUGGUAGCAAGAUCAGAUGUUCUGAUCAAUGCCUUUUGUCAGAUUAUAACUCCGGCCUUCCCAGAUCCUUUAAACUCAAUCAGGUUUAGACAACUGUAGGAUUGAGGAAGAUGGAGCCAAACCACUAUUUACAUGUAGCUUGAUGCCCUUUGAAAGUUGAUGGGUCAAGAAUGUGCCAUUGGUUUCCUGCACAAAGGAUUUUAGAGGAUUUGGGAAGGAUGUCCAUGGGAUUAGGAGGAAGACAAAACCAGGCUUGACUGAAGUUAGAAGUUUACAAGCAGAGAAUGAAGUUAGCCAGCAUUUAGUCAACUGCAGUGCGACUGGUAAAAUCAGCAUGUUCUAUAAGGCCUUUCUGUCUCUGCUAGCAAUUCUAUCCAGCAUGGGAAUCUUCAACAAAUGAAACUUAUUUUAAUGUUAUUUACUCAACAGUACUGUUACUUGUCUAUUUUACUCAUUUUCAAAACAAUAAAUCCAUUUGUUAAUAUAUAUGUACAGUAUAUGUACAUAUGGCAACAGGUUCCUAUUGGAGGAAAAUAGUUAUUUUGUAAAUUGUUGAACUUUGUAAAUUGUUCACUUGUUAAUGCAUACAUGUUAAAUACUUGUAACGGCAUGUUUUGACAUUUUUACAAAUUGUGGAAAAAUUUUUGUGCAUGGUUGAUUUCGAAAAAGUGGGAGGGGCUAAGGGAAUGGUGGGAGGGAGUGUAUGUCUGCACCCAGCCCACUCACGGCAGUUUUUUUGUCUUCAUGAAAAAUUGCAUUGUACACAGAAAUGACCGACUGAUAGCUGGCUACAACCAGACUGAUCUCGUUUGUUCCGGAUGGAACAUGAUAGCAGACUUUGAACUGAUCUAAAAGCUGCAUGUCAGAUACUGGAUUAAUAGAUGUAUUGUUCCUCAAACUGGUUCUUACCAGUUUGAACUGGUUCUAACCAGUUGUAACCAGUUGCACUAUUAUUCUAAAGAAAAGAAUCCAAGAAAAAGCUGAUUAACAUGAAUAUUUAUGCACUUACAUAUAAAAACAGAUAUGAUUGAUUAA